UCUAAUCACUCCCGAUCCUGGCCUUAGUCACAGACAAAAUCUACCCUUAUACACUUUACCUGUGAAAGAACAAAAAUCUGAUCUCAAGAACGAAGAUAUUAAUAAUCAGAUACCAACUGUCAUCAAAAUUUCAACAAUCAUUAAUACCGAUACUGGAAAUUCUAUCGAUGAGACGUUUAAUAAAAUAGUUCUAUUGGAUCAGCUUUCUUCUUUAUUUGGGAACGAUGAUAUUAAUAAUCGAACAUCAACCGUCAUCAACGAUCUUUGA